AUGUCUGAGCCUGGCCUCGCAUAUCGUGCCGUGGACGCUUCGCUCGGGGCCCUGUCCCACCUGGCUACGUCGAUAGACAAUUCGCUCCGCCCUGUUACCGCGAACGCGAAUGCGUACAGCCGCGAUCCAGACCAAGAGGUCAAUGCCGCAACUGCGGUGAUCGAAGGUUUCCGCCGCCAGCUUCGUCUGGGCAUUCCCAUCGCUCCAGAUAUCCAGGCAGUCUACUCGGUGGUCGAUGCUAUUCAAAAUUCCAAGUCCCUCGAUGAUCGCAAGAUGCUGCUCGAACAUGCGCUCGUAUUCAUGUCACGUCUACCUCGUGGUAGUGCCCUUGCCCAAAAGGGCCAGGAUGCUGUGAUUAGCAUGCUAUAUAAGGAUCUGCCCCAUCCCCCCGCAACAUAUGUCGGCGACGCCUACCGAUUCCGAGCUGCCGAUGGUGGCAACAAUAACCUUUUGAUUCCAGAUUUGGGUCGUGCCGGGACACCGUACUCACGUAGCGUUCCUCAGACUCACCCCCUCCCUCCCGCGGAGCUUCCAGACCCUGAGCUCGUCUUUGAAUGCUUACUCAAACGCGACAAGGUCACCCCUCACCCAGCAGGGCUUUCCGCGAUGUUCUUCUCGUUCGCGACGCUUGUUAUCCAUACUUGCUUCCGUACCAAUCAUCGUGACGUGACUAUCAACGAAACCUCGUCAUACGUUGAUCUUGCGCCCUUGUAUGGUAAUAACCAAGAGGACCAGGAUAGUGUCCGUCGAUGGGAUGGUACCGGUCGUCUCAAAGAGGACGUGUUUACCGAGAACAGACUUUUGUUCCUGCCCCCCGCCGUUUGCACCAUCUUGGUCUUGUUCUGCCGCAACCACAACUUCAUCGCUCGCAAGCUGUUCCUGAUCAACGAGGAGGGCACAUUCAGGGAUCCCGAGACGCUCAAGGAGGAGCAAAGGAAACAGCAAGAUCAUGUUCUCUUCAACACAGCUCGUCUCAUUAACGUUGGCUUCUUCGUUUCGAUCGUGUUGGGUGACUAUCUUGCAAGCAUCUUGGGUAUUGUGCGAGAGGGUUCCGACUGGAGCUUGAACCCCUUCCAAGACAUUGUUCAAUCAGAACGAAACCACGUACCUCGUGGGGAAGGUAACUCUGUCAGUGUCGAGUUCAACUUGCUAUACCACUGGCAUUCGACUACAUCUGCAAUUGAUGAGCAAUGGACCGAGGGUGUUUUCCGUAAGAUCUUCGGAGACAAACCGUUCGAACAGAUCACUCCUGGAGAAUUUGCUAAGGCUUCGGCACUUGUUGCUAGUGCUGAGCCAGACAAGGCCAAGUGGGAAUUUGGCGGGAUGAAACGUGGCUCCGAUGGUCGAUUCAACGACGCCGAACUUGCUCAAACAAUUAUCAAUGCUACAAGCCACGUUGCUUCUGCAUUCAAAGCCCGUGGUACUCCUCCCGUUCUUCGCGUUGUUGAGAUUUUGGGUAUUAUGAGCUCCCGCAAAUGGGGUGUCUGCAGCUUGAACGAGUUCAGGAAGUUCAUCGGUUUGAAGCCCUACGACAGCUUCACCGAAUGGAAUUCCGAUCCCGAAAUCGCGACCGCCGCCAUGAGGCUUUACAAGCACCCGGACAACCUUGAGUUGUACGUAGGAUUGCAAGCCGAGGAGGCCAAGCCUGUCGUUCCUGGUGCUGGUCUUUGCCCUGGCUACACCAUUUCGCGUGCCAUCCUGUCAGACGCCAUCACCCUGACUCGCGGCGAUCGCUACCUUACAACUGACUGGACGACCAAUAACCUGACAUGCUGGGGUUUCGACGAUGCCACCCGUGACAUCGAGAACCCGAGCUUCGGUGGUAUGCUCGGCAAGCUUUUCUACCGAACCCUCCCUGGACAAUUCCCAGAGAACAGCAUCUAUCUUUGGUUCCCUCUUAUGACUCCUGACGCCAUGAAGACCAACUUCACCAAAGUCGGAAUUGCCGGCGACUACGAUUUCUCCAGGCCCACUGCCCCACAACCGGUGCAGGACGUAACAUCGCGUGCGCAUGUUAUGGAUGUUAUUAUGGAAACCGCAUGCAUCCAUACGCCAUACGGAAAGAAGGUCCAAGCGAUGUUUGACAAGGAUCCUGGCUUUUUCCUGGCUCUCAACGACGAACACGAUCAUACGUUCAAGACGAUUAUCUACCAAAACCUCAUCGCACCUAGCGGAACCUACUUCCAAAGUUAUUUCUAUGAAGUCACCAAGACCCUCCUUCAAGACAUGUCCUACACUCUGGGUAGCCACCAAAGCAAGUGCCUGGAUAUCGUUGACGUCUUCGAGAACGUCGUCAUGCGCUUCGUUUCGGAGGAGAUUGGUGGGCUUUCGCUUAAAUCUGAAUCGAACCCUCGUGGCCUGUAUUUCGAGCGCGAAUUGAGGGAUAUGAUUGAUGACAUCUACAUGCAUGUGUUCACAGACGUCGAUAUCCAACAUAUCUUCCGUAUCGCGAAGAAUGCCAAGUCCUUCUCCAAGAGGCUCUUACUUCAUAUCAACCAGACCUACAUCGCCGCCAACGGACUCGGUCCCAUCACCGAGCGCAUCUUUGGGUUCUUCUCGGGCACUGGCCGCCCUUCGUAUGAUUUUAUGCGUCGCCUCCACAAGACCGGCAAGCCCAAAGAUCAGCUCUGCAAAGCUGUCUUGGCUGCGAUUGUUGCUUCUUUUGAAUAUGUUCCUGCCUUGAUCAACGUCGUGAACUUCUACCUUGACCCCGCUCAGGCCGAACACAAGACUCAACUCGUUGCCCUGGCUAGCAGCAAGGACCCUCAAGCCAACAAUGUCAUUGCCGGAUACGUCCGCGAGGCUUUGCGUCUUGACCCAUUGUUCUCGCACGCUCGCCGUGUCGUCGUUGAAAACACAUCCGUCAAAGGUUCUAAUUACAAGCGGGGAGAUUCCUUGUUCCUGUCUAUUGCAGAUUCCAAUUUGGAUCCCGAUACGUUCCCGAACCCCAAGAGUGUCGAUCCCAGGCGACCGGCAGACAGCUACACCCUCAUGGGUGACGGUCUCCAUCGCUGCUUCAGUGACGAGUUUGUCCACUCGACUAUGGCUUGCGCCGUUCGUGCCGUGUUCCAGCUCAACAACAUCCGCCGCGGCCCCGGAAAAUCUGGUAUUCUCAAGAGGUUCACAGAUUCGGAUGGCACCACUGCCUCGUCCUGUUACCUCAACUCGAAGCAAAUCAUUACUCCGUUCCCUACCAGCUUGACCCUCCAGUACGAUGUGUAA